AUGUCCGACGAAUUGGGAAAAGUUUGUGACCAAAUUUUGGAUGAAACCCUCUUGAUGUCUCAUAAAUAUGGUAUACCCAAAGUUGAAUCUAGCUCCCAACAGUCUGCUUCUAAUGUAAAACAGUUGGAGCAUAAAUAUUAUCAUUUGUACAAACAAUUGAACCAUAAACUAAACCAUCUAAUAUAUUUGAACAAACUUCAAGAGCUAAAUCAGAAAUCAACCCAAGCUGAAUUAGAUACUCAAUUGAAAACAAUUAAAGACCAAAUGGGUAUAGAAUCAAACCAAGAAUUGUUAGACUUCUUGAAGUUACAGAAUAAUGAAAUUAAAACUGAAAAGUUAUUAUUACAAUAUUUGUUAAUGAUUGAACCAAUACUAAAUUCCACCCAUCGAUCUGAUUUAAAUCAAUCUGAACAGCGAAUACUGAAAAUGCUAAAUGAGCUUUACAAUGAUGAUGAAAAUGACACCGGUUUAGUCUUUCAAAGAAUAGCUAAUAGAAAAAACCAAAAUGAGUUGCAAGCAGGUAAUUAUAAUUUGAUUAAAAAUGUGGUUAAACCAAUAAUUGAUGGUCUAGGUGAGCUAAACAAAACGCUAAUGACAUUGAAUAAACAAUAUGUUAAUAAGAAACAAUCGCAAAUGGAAGACGACCCCGAAGAAGGUGUGAAACGAAAACAGUAUUAUGAACUUGUAAGGAAAUGGAAAGAGCUUCAGGAUAUGGUGAUUGAAAUCCCGCUGUUGAUAUCGGAUCUACCUAUCAACUGGUAUGAUGAUCCCACAUUACUACAAAUAAUGCAAGAAGUGGAUGAAAUUCAAAUAAAAUUGAAUACAUAUCAACUGAUAAUUAACGAGGACACGAUAUCUGCCUAUACUACAACCGAGCUCUUAGCUUUGGAAUUCCCAUGUUGA